UCUUUAAUUUUUGCUACAACUUUAUUCUUGAGUUUUGAUUUAUAUCAUUCUUUUAUUCUUAACACUUUAAAAUAUAAUUUUAUAAGUAAAAUCUCUGGAUUUAAAAUUUAAUUGUAGAUGGAUGAUCAUUGCUUUCAAAAAAACUAUUUAAUUUUACAAGAUAGUAAAAAGUUUAUGUAUCCUGCCAAAAUAGCUAUGAAGGAAAUAAUUCACUUUCCUGAUUUUAAGAUAUCAGAAAAAACUGAGUGGCGCAAAAAAAACGCAUCAAAACUUUUGAGACAAAAAAUAAAAACUUCACCAUUAAAUGAAAUCCAACAUACAAGAACAAUUGUAGUUUCCAUUGAUGAUUUGUCCUGUCAUGAUAAACAUCCUGUUGGACAGGCUGACUUGAUUUCUCAAAUGAUUGAUCCUCAAAUUUCUAAAAAAAUAGAAGAAUAUGUUAAAGAAGGAAUAUGCAACAUUAGAGAAAUGAAACGUCUUCUUCGACUAUUUGUUAAGGAUAUAUUUGAAAAAGAAAAUCUUCCUCCUCCAAAUAAUAGAAGAUUUUAUCCAUGUGUUAAUACUAUAAGAUCACAUAUAGUUAAAAUGAAGCAAAAGUUGAGAUAUUCCAUGAUUGAUCAAGAAUGUCUUUUGAAAAAGUGUCAUGAAUGGAAAAUAAUUGAUCCACAUAUUAAAGUGUUAAUUCGACCAAAAUGUGAAGUUACAGACAAUGAAAUUUGUAAAAACAAUUCUACAUUUUUAUUUGUUUAUCAAUCACAGUGGCAACAAGACCUUCUUUUGCGAUACGGAAAUGAGAUCAUUUUUCUUGAUGCUACUUACAGAACUACAAGAUAUGCUCUUCCAUUAUUCUUUUUAACAGUAAAGACUAACAUAGAUUCCCAAAUAGUAGCCACUUUUGUCACUGAAAAUGAAACAAAAAAAGCUAUUACUGAAGCACUAAAUGUUAUAAAGAGUUGGAAUGCAUCGUUUCAGCCUUCGUUUUGUAUGACAGAUUAUUGCAACGAAGAAAUCGAGUCAUUAGAAACUGUUUUUCCAGGUUGUCGUGUCAUUAUAUGCGAUUUCCACAGAGAGCAGGCCUGGGAUCGAUGGCUUUCCAAAUUAACAAAUGGGUGUUCUGAUUAUAAAGGUAACAUAAUAUCGAUGUUACGACGUGUUGCAAGAGCGCAAAAUCAGGAUGAGGAAGAUGCAGCUAUUGAGAAGCUCCAGUCCUCCAAUUUUUGGUUCGAUGACAAGUUUCAUAAAUUUAAGAAGUACAUAACAAAUUAUUGGUUGUGCAACAAAGAAAAAUGGAUAUAGGCCUAUCGUCAGGAUCGUUUAUUAGUUAAUCUAAAUACCAACAAUGGUCUUGAAAGACAAAAUGAAUCUUUUAAGUAUUCUUAUCUUCAACGCCACAAAAACUCAUCUCUUACUGGAAUGCUAACCUUAUUAAUUGAAGAGUUUUUUGCUGAUAAAUUUGAACAGUAAUUAUUCAGAGUCGAACUAUAAAAUGAGUUGUGAAUAUAAACGCUACAGUGCUAGUGUACCUGAAUACCUGCUUAAUCGACCACGUCAUUUUGUCAACAUUGUUUAAAGAAGCAAGAUUUAGCUAACAGUGUUGAUAUAAAUGGAGUAAAUAUUAAGGAUUAUGGAAUUUUUUUAAUAAAUAGUUUUUCAGAUAAACAUAAAAGUUACACUGUUUCUUUUGGUGAUAAAAAUAAAAUGCCAAAAUGUACCUGUAAUGACUGGUUGCGAUCGGGUUACCUUUGUAAACAUUUUUUUUUAGUAUUUCGAAAGUUUCCACAAACAUGGUCAUGGGAUUCUUUAUCAUUAUUAUACAGGCAAUCUCCAUUUUUAAAUUUGGACAUAAAUAAAAAAGACAUUACUGUUAAUGAUUCAGAUAAAUCCCAGCAUAAUGAAAAAAAUAUUUCAGAAUAUACUAACAGUAUUACUGAUUGUACUUACAAUGUUUCUACUUAUACAGAAUUAAACCAUUUGAAUGGAAGUAAAAGAAAAGUAGUUAAUACUGCCUCUGAAGUUCGUGAAAUGCUCACAACUAUUCGAAAUUUAACAUUUGAUUUUGAUGAAACUUCAGAAGAAAUUUUAAAUCUGCAUGGAAUGCUGUCAAAUGUAUUAGAAAAUUUAUAUCAUGCAAGAAAAAAAGAAAAAGGUUUACCAGUUAGAACAGAAAGUGCACAUGAUUAUGUAACCAAAAAUCAUAUUAAAACAGUUGAUAUGCCUAUUGUUAAAAAAAAAUCUUCACAUCGAGUAGGUAAGAAAAUUGAUUCAUUAAGCUCAGCAUCUAUCAUCAAAAUUGAUUGCAUUGCUUCUGAAGCACCAAUACAAGAAUGUUUUAUCACAGAUGAUCUAAUUACAGGGGAUACAACUUUUACAACAAAUUCUACAACAUUUGAAAAUGAAUCCUCUUUAAACAACGCUAAAUAUGCACUACCAAGCUUUCCACAACUUUCAACUGAGGAUGUCGAAGAUAUUUUAAACAAUCGAAUGUUAUCAGAUAGUGUCAUACAUCAUUUCCAAAACUUAAUAAAAAAACGUCAUUUAUCAUCAAAUGGACUUCAAGAUCCAAUAUUGGGACAAAAAUUAUUUUUCAAGGCACUAGGUUCACAACCAUUUGUUCAAAUCAUUUAUAAUGGGCAUAACCAUUGGCUUGCUCUCAGCACAUAUGGUUGUAAAUAUGGAGAAAUUUAUGUACUUGACAGUAACUUUCAAGGAAAUUUAUCAAUAGAUACUCAGAAUCAAAUAUGUUCUCUUUUAAAAUAUGAUGAAGCUAUGAUCAAAGUAAAUGUUUUACCAGUGCAGCAGCAAGAAGGAUAUGUAGAUUGUGGCUUUUGUUGAAUUUAUUUUAUCAAACAACAAAAACCCUGUUGAAAAUAUUUGAUUUGACCAAAAACAAUUUAGAAGUCAUGUUCUCUUGUGCUUGAAGGAAAAUGUAAUGAGAUCUUUUCCACUUUCAAAUUGUGCAAGUCGUCGAUGCCAUUCAAAAGAGUUUAUAUUGAAAAUCUUCUGUUCUUGCAGGAUGAUUUUGACACCACAGUAUCAAGUUAUUUACGAAAAACACAUGAUCAAAUGCAAAAGUUGCUUAAUGUUAUAUCAUAGAAAGUGCGAAAGUGUUCCAGACUCUAUUUUGAGCAAUAAUAACAUGUGGUCUUGCUCUAGCUGUAGAACAAAAUGAAUCCUAAUCUAUAAACAAAGUAACAAGAUGUUGUGAUCAAUGCUGAAGAGUUGUUAAGCUACUUUUUAAAAACGGUUAUUUUCAUAGCCACAUAUUAUUAAAAACAUGUUAGCAUAUGAAAUUUUA